GGAGGCGGAGCUGGGCAUCUCCCUCCCCUUAGAAAAAGGCGAGAGGAGGAGGAGGCGGCAGUGACUCGGGGAAAGCGGAGCCAUGCGGGAGAUCGUCCACCUCCAAGCCGGCCAGUGCGGGAACCAGAUCGGAGCCAAGUUCUGGGAAGUCAUCAGCGAUGAGCAUGGCAUCGAUCCAACUGGUAGCUACCAUGGAGACAGUGACCUGCAGCUGGAGAGAAUCAACGUCUACUACAAUGAAGCAGCUGGAAACAAGUAUGUUCCCCGUGCAAUCCUUGUUGACUUGGAACCUGGGACAAUGGACUCAGUCAGGUCUGGACCUUUUGGGCAGAUCUUUAGACCUGACAACUUUGUCUUCGGCCAAAGUGGUGCUGGGAACAACUGGGCCAAGGGCCACUACACAGAGGGGGCUGAGUUAGUGGACUCUGUGCUGGAUGUGGUCAGGAAAGAGUCUGAGAGCUGUGACUGCCUGCAGGGCUUCCAGCUCACCCAUUCGCUUGGUGGCGGCACAGGAUCUGGGAUGGGCACCCUUCUCAUCAGCAAGAUCAGGGAAGAGUAUCCCGACAGGAUCAUGAACACCUUCAGUGUAAUGCCGUCGCCCAAGGUGUCGGACACAGUGGUUGAGCCAUACAAUGCCACCCUUUCUGUCCACCAGCUGGUGGAGAACACAGAUGAAACCUACUGUAUUGACAAUGAGGCGCUGUAUGACAUCUGUUUCCGCACACUGAAACUCACCACACCGACCUAUGGGGACCUGAACCACUUGGUCUCAGCCACCAUGAGCGGAGUCACCACUUGCCUCCGGUUCCCCGGCCAACUCAAUGCAGAUCUUCGCAAGCUGGCGGUCAAUAUGGUUCCUUUCCCCCGCUUGCAUUUCUUCAUGCCAGGCUUUGCUCCCCUGACCAGCCGUGGCAGCCAGCAGUACCGGGCCCUGACAGUGCCAGAGCUCACCCAGCAGAUGUUUGAUUCUAAAAACAUGAUGGCGGCCUGUGACCCACGCCAUGGGCGCUAUCUGACGGUGGCGGCCAUUUUCCGCGGAAGGAUGUCCAUGAAGGAAGUAGAUGAGCAGAUGCUCAACGUCCAGAACAAGAACAGCAGCUACUUUGUGGAAUGGAUCCCCAACAACGUGAAGACAGCAGUGUGUGACAUUCCACCACGAGGCCUCAAAAUGUCUGCCACAUUCAUUGGCAACAGCACUGCCAUCCAGGAGCUAUUCAAGAGGAUCUCCGAGCAGUUCACAGCCAUGUUCAGGCGCAAAGCCUUCUUGCACUGGUAUACCGGUGAGGGCAUGGAUGAAAUGGAGUUCACAGAAGCUGAGAGCAAUAUGAAUGACCUGGUCUCCGAAUACCAGCAAUAUCAAGAUGCUACUGCUGAUGAGCAAGGCGAAUUUGAAGAGGAAGGCGAGGAGGAUGAGGCUUAGGUUUGAAGAUGAUUUAUUUCAAUUAGACAAGUGUCUGGGGUGAGGCCUGUUCAGCUGUACUUGUGCAUGCUUUUUCAGUUAUGCUUGAUUUUUACUCUUGCCUCUGUCAGCUGUGUAUGUUAUACGUUGUGUAUGUUCAUACAUUAAUUUGGAAGAUCAUCUGAUCUAGAACAGUCAUUCUCCAACCUCAUCUUCUAGAAGCCCUAUAUAUCUAUAUUAAUUGGGAUUCUUUCAAGUUGGAGAAUCAAAGUGACAACUACUGCUCUAGAAAGAGUUAUAACAAAUGCAUAGGACAUAUCAUUAAAAGUAUAAGAAAAGAUGAGUGAUAUGAAUUUUCCCCACAUUUUAGUCUGUGGAUAGCCUAAAUAAAUAAAUAAAUAAAUAAAUCUUAAAAUUUAAAAAUAAAAUUUUGGGGUUAAGCAAUUCUUAGUUCCUACAGUUUAGGUAAUAGUGAAGUUAACACUCAAGCAAUGUUAUUGCUGGCAUUAAAAUUUCUAUUGCAAAGAGAUUUUAAUAGUUUAUCUAAAAUAAGGAGACUUUAUAAAUUGUUUUACAUGGGAAAAAUGUAGUGGCUGAACUAUCUUUUCCCUACUGAAAGGUAAGAACUUAAGAUAUGUUAGUUUGAAAAGCUCAUUAAGGACCAAGCAGUGGAUUCUCCCCACAACAAUGAAAUGGAUACUGUAAGGAACAAUAACCUACAGCAAGGACAGGGGCGUUGUGUGGCUUUAGAUGUUGGACUGCAACGCCUACCAUCAGCCUUCUGUGUUGGCUAGGGCUAAUUAAAAUGGCAGUGCAACACCUGGAUGGCUCAUCCCUGCACAACAGAAUUGCAGAUAUGUUACAGAUCUUUUGACUCCUUUCCCCUUGUCUUCCUUGUGUUCUCACAAUGCACAGAGUAAAAGUGUUUGUAUGUGCAAUGUUGAAUUGUGUGCUAAGUGUACAGCAUUUUAACUGCAUCUUGAAUUCAUUGUUUCCCAUUGCUGAAUUGGGCUCUUCAAAGGAUGCAGAUAUGCACUGUGGAAAAAUAUGUCUUAUAGGGCAGGACCCUUGCCACUGGAUUGUACAGUUAUGGGCUUUCUAUCGUUCAGUCCAAUAGUUAGGAUAUAUUUCUGAAAAGUCUUUAGAUCUCAUGUGUGCCUGUUUUCUUCAAAGUAAAGCUGGAUCUAAGUUAGAUCUUACCACUUUUAGAGGUUGGGGGUGGGGAAGUAAGGGUGAGUGGUGGGGUGGGAGUGGGCACAACCGCAAGUAGAAUGCUAAUAGGGUAGGCAUGGAUUCUGAUAGCAAUGAUGAAAGCAUGCUUUCUGUGGCAGUGUGUUAUGCUGCCAUUCCUUUGUGCAUUGUGUAAACUCAUCAAGGAUGUCUGUCAUGAAAUCAAAUUAUACAAUGGCUUUUGUGUGGUGUUCGUGUUAAGGACUCUGUAUAAAGGCAUGCGUUCUGAACAAUGACUUCUGUUUUUCUUCAAGAUGGACUUUGGCAAUAAAGUAUUUAUUCAAACUGGCAA